AUGAACGUAGACUUUGAAGUCCUGUCGUCGGCUGUGGCCAAGGUCGCAACUGCAUCCAAUGAUGGACUAGUGGCUGGCAAGUUCGAUGUGGCAACACCAACUCCCAGCAAGAGAAGAGCUGUAAGGCGACGAAGCAGUGCAAGCAAUGCAAAGCAGUUCUUAGAGUUGGCACACAAAAGCUGGACGUUUGCUCAAGAGGACCUGCCCAGUGUAGCGCAGCGAAGACGAUCUAUUCGAAAAUCCACAGAAUCCAAAUUGGCCGAAAUUGGACACAAGAGUUGGCCCUCAGCGUCUCGUACCGGUACGAGCAACGAGACCGACAAGUCGAAAACACCCUCUGUGAUCCCAGAAGAAGAUGAGGAAGAGUUGUCACCAACCUCUCUUUUCAAGAAGCGGUUGGGGAAAACCAAGAUUCUGCCUGCAAGAAGCAAAACCCAAGUCGACAUUUCUUCCAAGCAAAACAAUGGUACUGUCAAGCAGCUGCUGCUGUUGCCACCAAGGAGCAAGUCCCGUCCUCGCCGUGCCAGUAUUGGAAGUUGCACGGCUGCCAAAGAACCAAAAGAUAUCGGUGAUGAGGAAGCAGGGACCAAACAAGAGGAGAGUGCUCCUCCUGAGCCCAAACGACAAGGAUCUCUGAAACGGCGAUCCAGUCUUUCGAUUUUAUCGAAACCAAGAGCGAACAAAACGGAUGUGGCCAACGACGAGACCAAGCUACCGGUUCCACCAAUCGCACCCCCAAAAACAAACCACAGCCCUAAAAUGAACAGGAAGAAAAUGGUCAGGAGAAACACAAUUGGCAGCUGCUCCAAUGAGGAAGGAACGGAGUCGCCCGUCGGUGCCAACUUGGUGACCAGAUCGCCCAAACAAUCCCGACGCGCCAGUCUUUGCAAGCUCAAUCAGAAUGGCAAAGGCACGGUUCGAUUUGAAUUGGAUCACAAGAACCGGAUCAAGCGACGGGUCAACUACAUUAGAGCUCAGAACUCCAGGACGGAUUCGCGGGCAUUGUGGUGGUCAGAAGAUGACCUGGAUAGGAUUUAUCAACGGGAAAAUCGCGUCUAUGACAAAUUCUCCAACGAUCGAAACUAUAAGCGGGCCGUUCGAAAGCUAUGGGGCAACUGCUCCAAAGCCGCCAAUGUGCCACUCGGCCCAGAUGCGGUUGCCCGCGUGGCGGGGGCCCCUUCGAGAGGAUUGGAAGUUGACAUUCUGGAGACGGUACGAGAUCGGCGUGCCCGAAUCAUUGCCAAUGUGUUGGAUGCACAGGAUACCUUGCAAGACUUUGAGCCCACCAUUCGGGCCAAGGUUCUCGGUGCCAGGUACAAGAAUUUGUGUCGAGCGGCAUCGAGAUUCGCAAGGAAAAUGGGGGAAGGCGACGCCCUCGAAGCUGCAAACGUUUACAGCAACUAA